AUGCGCCCUGGCUUCUCCCCCCUGAAAUGCUCGGGUUCAUCGGCGCGGUACCACAAUGGAUGGGUCCUCACCGAAUGGAAACACAAUGGAUGGAUCUAUUCAGGGCAAGCCAUCCAACCAGCCCUGGCCCAAUUCCAGCGCCAGCAAACCAUGGAUGUCGUGCUGAGUCCGGGUCCAAAACGUUAUAGUUAUAGGCUGUCCAGUGGUGUCGUCGCUCUGUCCAGCGCUCUGUCCAGCGCUCUGUCCGCCUGGCGGGUUCGUGUUAGUGAAGCCAGUUCCUCGUCUGUAGCGACAAAAUCCAGGAACAUCUCGUCUCAUCUGGCUCCUCUUUUCCUCAUGCACAUACUCUUGCCGACUGUUCAACGCCGCCACAAGCAUCCCAACACGCAUCAAGACGUCUCUGCAUAUAGUCCAUUACGCUACCGCUAUUGUUUCAACGAGAAACCUCCACCGUCCGUCGUCGUCAUUCGCACCGCCCUCAAGCCCUGA